AGCGAGGCUGUUUCCGCGUUUGACGCUUGGUGUCCGCUGAGAGCCGUGCAGCUGGCGGUGAGGAGAGAGGAUCUCCUCGUUCCACGCGUCACCCCCCUCCUCGUCCUCCCCACACACACGGCGCCUUGCCGCCAUGGACAUGGAGGAUGACGAGGCGAUGCUCUCGGUCGACGACGACGUCGCGCGGUUCCCCGAGUCGGAGCUGAGCGUGGACACCGCGGGGAGGAGGAGCUUCUGGCCACAGGGGAGGAGGGAGAAGAGGCUGCUCGUGACGGUGCUCGUGCUCGCCCUCACGCUGCUGUGCUGCGUCGUCACCCUCGUCGUGCAGAACCAGCUGCCAGUCCCAGAGCCGCCGGGAAAGCCUAGCGUGUGCACGACGCGGGAGUGCGUGCACAUCGCCAGCCGCGUGCUGAGCUCCCUCGACCUCUCUGCGGACCCCUGCAACGACUUCUACUCCUACGCUUGCGGAGGCUGGAUCGAGAUGAACCCUUUGCCCAACGGUCAAGCCUCCUCGAACCCCAUGGAUGUCCUGGAGCGCGAGAACCUGCAGCGACUAAAGGGCGUCCUUGAGACCAACGGAACGAAAGAGAGCCAGUCGGAGCAGAAAUCGCAGUGCUUCUAUCAGUCCUGCAUGGAUAUGGACGCGAUAGAGAAAGCCGGGGCCCAGCCGCUAGUGGAUGUCAUUGAGAAGCUUGGUGGCUGGAACAUCUCGGGCCGGUGGAACCGCAGCAUGAACCUGCAGAACAUCUUGCAGGAUGUGACGAAGAACUUCACCUUGGGAUGUUUGUUCGAGCUGAGUAUCGACGACAACCCCGUGGACUCCCAGAGGGUCUCCUUGCAGCUGGCUCAGCCCAAUCUUGUUUUGCCAUCAAGGGAUUACUACAUCAGCAACACCGAGGAGAACAUCAAGAUCCAAGAGGCCUACCUGGAGUACAUGCAGGACCUCUCCCUGCUCUUGGGUGGCGAGGAGAACGCCACGCGCCACGCGAUGCGGGACGUGCUGGAUUUCGAAAGGCAGCUCGCGGUCAUCUCCACACCCAACAGCACCAUGCGGGUCAUGAACGUCAGCGAUCUGCAGAUCCUGUCGCCCUUCAUCAACUGGUUGGCCUACCUGAAGGUCGUUUUCUUCCCGUUCAUAAUGGAACCAUCGGACACCAUUAUCGUGUUUUCUGAGAGCUACUUUCGAAAUAUCACGGCUCUCUGCAAACGCACGCCGCUCGAAGUGCUCAACAACUACGUGGUGUGGCGCGUCGCGCAGAAGCUGGUCCCAAGUCUGGGCAGCCAAUUCGAGACCGUUAGGAACAAGCUGAAGGAUGUCAUCUUUGGAACAGAGAAGGGCGGAUUUGUCCCUCGGUGGCAGAAGUGCGUUUUAGAGACGGACAGAAUCAUCGGCAUGGGCCUUGGAGCCCUGUAUGUGAAGCGCUACUUCGACGUGGAUCAAACGAUACAGGUGGAAAAAAUGAUUGAAUCCACACGAUCGGCGUUCAACAAGAACCUGGAUACCCUCAGCUGGAUGGACAAUGUCACCAGGAGUGCGGCUUUGGAGAAGUCCAACUCCAUGAGAGAUAAAGUCGGAUAUUCACAUCUCUUGCUGGACGAUGCUGCGAAAUUGGACAGCAUCUACAUCAAGCUGAACCUUGUGAACGGCAGCUAUUUCCAGAACGUGCUGAGCAGCUACCUGUUCGAUGUGGAGGGAUGGAGGCACUUGCUUAUCUUUGGCCGCAACACCGACACCUGGCGCAUCACGCCGCCGACCGUCAACGCGUACUACACGCCUACAGAGAACAGCAUGGUGUUUCCCGCGGGGAUUCUGCAAGAGCCCUUCUACGACAAGGCCGCUCCCAUGUUCAUCAAUUACGGAAGCAUCGGCACAGUGAUUGGACAUGAGCUCACACACGCCUUUGAUGAUAAGGGCAGCCGCUACAACUACAAUGGCAACCUGAAAGAGUGGUGGGAGGCCGGCACGCGGAAGCAGUUUGAGGAGAAGGCCGGCUGCAUGGAGCGGCAGUACGGGGCCUACGAGGAGCAGGGGCAGCACGUGGACGGGCACCGCACCCUCGGGGAGAACAUCGCCGACAAUGGAGGCCUGCACGUCGCCUUCCAGGCCUACGAGCAGUGGGUCCAGACCAAUGGGAAGGAACAGUCGCUGCCGGCCAUGAACCUGACCAACCAGCAGCUGUUCUUCAUUGCCUUCGCCCAGACGUGGUGCUCGGUGCAGACCCCCCAGGCGCUGCAGGAGAGCUUCGUGACGGACAACCACAGCCCCCCGCGACUGCGCAUCAAGGGGGCGCUCUCCAACUCCGCCGAGUUCGCCCGGCACUUCGGCUGCAAAUUGGGCUCGGCCAUGAACCCCGAGAAAAAGUGCCAGAUCUGGUGACGCGGCCCGGCCACCCGGCGCUCUCGGACGCGACAAUCGCACUGAUCGUAGAGCCGGGUUUUUGAAACAACCAAACGAAAUCAGCAACGCGAUUGGUUGAAGCGCCCCUCCCCCACAAUCUCCCAGCUUUACACAAUCACAUGGGUUUUCUGUAAUUUGCAUCGUUGCUUUGAGAGUUGCAACAUAAUGUAUACAGCUUUGUUAUUUUGGUCCCCAGGUCUUGUGCACACACACACAUUUUAAAAUAUCUGACAAUUUAACACUCUCUAAGGGAUGCAUUAUUGCUAUGGCUGCUUCUAAAUGCAAUUCCACAUUUAGGUUGGGUUACUUUUUAAAAGUAAGAUUUCGCUUUGUGCAAAUGUUUUGUUCGUUUUUACUGUCACCAUUGAAAGUGAACGUUUGAUGACGGGAAGUUGGCCCAGCACCAGAUUAGAUAGCAUAGUGGCUUGGCCAGGGUCCAAAUCAAAUCAGCUGUUCUCAACCGGUGGGGCACUCCCUAGCCUUUUGGGAGGGCGGGGGGGGGGGGGAGAGUGGCGCUCGGCUGUGGCCUGGUUAACGUCCAGGAAAAAUUUGAAAUUCGAAUGGAGAACGGCACCACAGAACGAGCGCGCGCGUUGCUUCUUCCACAAACCUGGGAGGCCCCGAGAUGUUCUGCUGAAGCCAAGCCACAUAUGUCACACGUGUACAGAUCACACAGUGAUGUGCACACUGGCAUGCGAGUGGAGGGCGGGGGACAAGUCGUCUUGAUAGGGGGACGCCAUUCAAUAACCUCUGAGAACCACUGCUGUCAAUAGAGAUGGCGUGUCUAAACUGCGAGUUGUGGAAUACGGUCAUCAGUAGGUGGCAAUCAACCACCAGUACGCGCAGCUUUACGACAUUACGUAAUACACCAUCAACUCACAGCCUCUUUGCUGAGCCGGCUCCUGUACAAGGCCUUCGCUUAUCUGUUGCAGGUUCAUAUCUUUUGCAAAGAAAGAAUAAUAGAUCACGACGUUUCGAUCGCCACACAAGCAAUCGUCCUCAGGUGCGAGUCGCUCACUCGACCGCCGAGCUUCCUGCCCAGUGUUAGUUCCACGUCGAGAUAUGAAAUGUAUUUACGUGGCCGCUGCACACUUUUGAAAAACGUUGCGAUUCAAAGUGCCCUCCGGGGUUACCUGUGUUUAAUUCUGGUUAAGAAACCUCACUCUGUGAGAUGAAACGAUUAUCAGAAUGUGAGUUGAUGAUGCACUAAUGCUGCUGCAAUGUUACGAUAAGGGGACAGGUAAAAAUGUUGAGUAAUUAAUACAAAAUAUAUUUAUCAUUUUUUACGUGUGGUGCAUGACGUAAAAUAUUUUGCGUGUGCAGAACUGAUUUGGGCCGGUUAUUGUUAAUUCCUGUACAUUACAAUGCACUGUAUAAUCCCAUUACAUUGAACAAUACACGUGUAAGAUAGAGGUACAGUAGUCGCAUUGCCAACCACUUCUCUGAGUCAUGUGAUCUCACUGAAUUUAGUCGUGAUCUCGGGGAAGAUCACCUUGAUUCUACGUUUUAAACAUUUUAUUUCCAACGGCGUGCUAGGAGAAUGGAUCUCUGGGGCUUCAUCUUCUUGAGGGGUUGCAAGAUAAUAAAAAUGCCUUUGCGUGGCUUCUGUAGCGCUCUGCGACUUGUGUCCGUCCUCGGGAUUGUUUUGAUGAUUGCUACUGCUACUACUCCUGUACAGAAAUAAACUUUGCAAUCCACCCCGA